AUGGAUUCUAAACGAUCUGAGCACAAAAUAGAGAGCAAAACAAAAUCAGAAACCAAAUCUUCAGGAAGAAGAAAAUAUGCUUGUGUGGAAUGUAGGCAACAAAAAUCAAAAUGUGAUGCACAUGAAACAAUGCCCAAUCCAUGUUCUAAAUGUGCCAAAAAGCGUGUACCAUGUGUAUUGAAAAAAGAUUUCAGAAGAACUUACAAACGUGCCAGGAAUGAAGCUAUCGAGAAAAGGUUUAGAGAAUUGACUGAUAGUUUAAGUUCAUUGAGUUCUAAAGACAUAUUGAAACGACUGGAAGAAGAAAGAGAUAUAUUGUUAGAACAGAAUGGUUCAUCAUUUGGUUCCAAUGAGAGGAAGACAAAUACCCGCUUUACUAAUUCAACUCCGAUUAUACUACCAUCACCAGGAACAAUGAGUGAAUCACAAUUACAUUGUUCUCCAAAGACAUUAGGUGACAUAUAUAUGUCAAGUAAAGACAUUGCAGAAUUAUUUCAAGAAUAUGCGACACAUUAUCAUCAAUUUUUGCCAGUUGUAGACUUGACUAAAGGAGCUGAAAGAAUCUAUACAUUAUCACCCUGUUUAUUUUGGGUAAUUUUACUUACUGCACUUCGAAGAAAAUUUGGUGCUUCUGAAUUAAUGUCAAGAUUGUCUAUUCUGGUCAAAUCAAUCCUUGCAGAAAUUACCAUUUCACCUAUUAUUAGAUAUACACCCACUGAUAAAGAUGAACCCAUUUUAAAUAUAGCGUCCGUUUAUUCUGUGCAAGCGUUUCUGCUGUACACAUUCUGGCCACCAUUAGCGUCGUCAUUAAGUGCAGACACCUCUUGGAAUACUAUUGGUACUGCCAUGUUUCAAGCUUUGCGAGUUGGCCUAAAUUCUGCCGAGUACUCAACAGAAUAUGUGUCAGCUAAUUCUGAAUUAAUCCACGAACAAAUUAGAACGUGGAUCUGUUGUAAUAUAGUCUCUCAAAUUGUCGCAUCAUCAUUUGGAUUUCCAGCUUACGUUUCAUUCGAUCAUUCUGUAUUGAACUCUGCUAAGGAUUCAAAUUUACCGAAUCCAUUAAAACAUAUGAUCCGAAUUGUUUAUUUCGAAAACCAAAUUACAAAUACUUUGAAUUCCACUCCAACUAGUUCCACUGGGUUAGUUAAUCCUGAAGAGAAACAGCCACUGAUACAAGUAUUAAAUCAACAACUAAAUCAUUUAGAAUAUAUCUUGAAAGAGGAUAACUUCGAUGAUAUUAGAAAAUUUGAACUAUUAGUAGCAAAAGUUCAUCUUUUAACUUAUUACUUUACAGACGGUUCCUCGACACAUCAUAAGAAUGAUAAUGAUCUUCGAUCAUUAUCCAUCACUGAAAUUGAAGCUAACUUUGAAAUUAAAAGAGGGUUAGUAAAAGUUUAUAACGCGGCUAUUGAAUUGUUAUUUCAUACCAAUGAAAUGUGGAAACGGAAUCCCGGUAUUGUUAAAUAUUUCCCCGGAGUGUUUGUGUUAAAUAUAUGGCAAUCUGCUUGUAUUAUUAGUAAAUUGAUUUAUUCAUCUUUGAUGCCAGUUUUGGACAUUGAAAAGGGUAAGAAAGCUUACCAAGAUGCCGUUACUUUAACAUUGAAUGCCUCCAUUUUGAAACACGAUAUGGCUUAUAGAUUUUCUGGUAUCAUGAGAAGCAUUUGGAAUUUGUUUGCCAAUAUGUUUGAAGAUUGGCAAAAGGAUAAAGAAACUACAGAAGAUAAAAUUGCAAAUGAUUUUAAUUUAGGUAUUACUGUAAAAUCAAGAAUGUCUGUGAGUGUCUUUUUUGAUUGUUUGUAUAUAUUAAAGGAAAAAUCAGGUAUGGCAAAACUGAAAAGAGAUGCACAAAGCACUGAACAAUAUGGUGAACAAGGAAGCAGUGGUGAGAUUACUAGUUAUGGUGGUGAUAUUCAUUCAAGAAGAUUGUCAGAUAAUGCAACUCCAGAAGAAAAGGCAAGACAAAUAAUCAAAACGAUUCCAUUAGAUCCACAUCCAAUCAAUCCGGGGAACUCUAGGGAGACAAGUAGAUUAACGACACCAAAUAGUCCAUCUUCAUCUGAUGUGUUAUCGCUUCGAGGGAUAUUAAAUAAACCCUCACCCAAAGAUACUGAGUUUAUACUACCUAACACGAAUGUGCUUUCAUUAUUCUCAAAUAAUAAUGAGGUGAAAGUAGGCUCCAUUGAUGAUACUGUGGCAAACGCUAGCUUAUCAAAAGGAACGUUCCAAUCUUCAGGUACAACAGACCCGUUAAGACACGAAAACGGCACGCAAUUACCACCAAUAUUGCAAAAUAAUGUUUUACCAGUGCCUAUAAAUGCUCAAGUGCAACCUAAUGCAAUCGGAAAUAGUGAGCUGAUAGAGAAUCCUAUUACAACAUCGAUGAUGGAUUCUUGGGACAAUUGGGAAUCAGAAAGUGUCUGGAAAGACGUUGAUCUCUUGAUGAAUGAAUUUGCAUUUAAUCCUACUAUGUAG